UCUCAAUUCUUCCUUCUUCAUCAAACUUUCAAACCUUCUUCUCUCUCUCUUACCUUCAAUCUCAAUGGCCAAAGUGUACCCUCAAACAGCGCUGUCGCCGUCGCCGUCGUCCUCGUCGUCUCCAUCCUCUUCAUCUCUCUGUUCCGAAACAGAAACCGAAACCUUCACUAUUUGGAUGAAAUCUCUAAUUUACCACACAAAUGGCUGCACAAUCUUUGAUUCUAAUGGAGACAUCGUUUAUAGAGUUGAUAACUACGACAGAAAAUGCAGUAGCGAAGUAUUUCUCAUGGAUCUCAGAGGCAAAGUUCUCUUCACCAUCAGAAAAAAGAAAUUCUCGAUUCUUGGUGGAUGGGAAGGAUACCGAUGGAUGGAAUCAGAGAGAAGUAAGAAGCCUAGUUUUGGAGUGAAGAAAUUGUAUAGAUCGGGAUCGAGGAAGAGAAAUCAAUCGGCGGUUUGUGAAAUUAAUGUAGGAUUUGAGAGAUUUUCAUUGGUGAAAAUGGAUGGAAAAUUGGCUUUCAGAAUAAUCAACAUCAAUGGAGAAGUAGUUGCAGAGGCUAAAAGAAAAGUAUCAUGGAACGGAAUAUUGUUGGGAGAUGAUGUGUUGAGUUUGAAUGCAAAUUCUCAGAUCGAAACAUCUUUGGUUAUGGCUUUGGUUACUGUUUAUGGAUUAAUCCGUCGCCAAAUGUAAAACUAAAUUAGAAGAGCGGAAAGAGAAAGAAAAAAAAGAGUUGAUACGAAUUUUAGUUUUGUUUUCUUAUUUGGAGGAUUUUGUUGUGAUGUUGUAUAGAACUUUACAGAUUUUGGUUUUCUUGUAAAGGAUUUAAUGUAGAUUGUUACGAAGGAAUACAUAUAUAAAUUUCAUUAAUUCAUUCUU